AUGUCGGGCGUGACGGCGGAUGAGGACAAGAAGCCCGCGGGCGACGGCGGAGGCGCCCACAUCAACCUCAAGGUCAAGGGGCAGGAUGGCAAUGAGGUUUUCUUCCGCAUCAAGAGAUCGACACAGCUGAAGAAGCUGAUGAACGCCUACUGCGACCGUCAGUCUGUGGAUCUCAACUCCAUUGCUUUCCUUUUCGAUGGUCGUAGGCUCCGUGGUGAGCAGACCCCUGAUGAGCUGGAGAUGGAGGAAGGCGACGAGAUCGACGCCAUGCUUCACCAGACCGGAGGGUGCUUUCCUCGCCCUUAG